GAAACAACAAAUCUAGGGUUUUAAAUUGCUUUCUCGGUUCAGUUUACACUUAUCUUUAAUGCUCCAAAUCCUCUCCAACACUCUCCAAAGGGUUUAUGAACCAUAAAAAUUUUGCUGUGAGGGCAGAAGAUUUUGCAACAGUUUCUGAAGAUGAAUCAAACAAACCAGGGGGACAACCUUGAUACCCCACCAGCUGUACCUGUGAAGCGAAAACGGGGUCGCCCGAGGAAGGAUCCGAGUCUAAAACAAAUCAAAACUGCCCCUGUGACACCUGGAUUUGGAGGGGUGAAUGUAAAUCAACCCAGUCAAGUAGAUCGAGUUGAUGAGACAAAAAGCGGCUUGGUGGGCCAGGCGGUUACAGGUGUUGUUGAGGCAGCAUUUGAUGCUGGUUAUUUCCUCACUGUUAGGCUUGGCAACUCCAAUACCAGUCUGAGGGGUGUUGUUUUCAAGCCAGGACAUUAUGUUCCUGUCACAGAAGAAAAUGAUGUGGCCCCGCAUGUUCAGAUGAUCGGAAGAAAUCAUGUUCAUCUCCCUGCAAGAAAUCACACACAGGUGCGUGGCUAUAACAAGCGAUCUAGAGAGAGGGCUGAACAGAAUGGUUCACCACCUGCAAAUCAGUUGCAUAGAGUUGCACCUCUAACAGCUAAUCUGGUGGUCUCAAAAGGCAAAUAUGCGUCUCCAGCGGCAGCCUCCUCUGUCCCUCCAGUGGGUGCAAGAGGCACCGUAGUUCCAGUUGUACUCCAACCAAUCAAUCGUUCAAAUGGAUUACCGCCUGCCAACCAAGUUCCUCAGGAUGCAUCCCAGGCUGCACAUAUGGCAGCUUUAAGAGACAAAUAUGUGCAGACAGUUGCACCCUUAGCUGUUCUACCCCCUAAUGCAUCAAUACCCAAAAACCAGGUGCUGGCAGUCACAAUUGAAGAGCUGCCCUCAAAACCUCAAAUAAGCCACCAAGUGACACCAGAAAGCAUGCAAAAUGAGAAUGGUUCCUUUAAGCAAGGCACACUAGAGCUCCCACAAGGAGAAGCAGCCAGUUCAUUGAAAUCAGCUGCCAAGCCAGAUGAAGUUUAUAAGGUGGUUUCACAGUCAUCAGAAACACAUGUCGAAGACAGUAAGAUUGCUUUUAAAUUAUCAGGAGAAGAUGUUCUUGCUGGCCCAGUCCAAGAGAUUGGUGACAUGAAUGAGCCUCUCUCAAUUGGGCCCCUGCAAGCUGUAUACUUUGAUCAGAAUCAGUCUGCAUCUGUUUCCAGACCUUUGGAGAAUAGAAGAACUGGCAGAAUGACUGAGCUUUUGCUGGAAAAUAUGACAGAGAACCAGGUCCGUCAGUUUGAACAUUUGGCCCCAGAAACUGGAGAGCCCAGAAGCUGAUCUUGGAGACGAAGAAACACGUUGUCACAGUAAUGUUAUGCUAUCAGUGAUCCCCUUGUUUUGGGUAUGUAUAGCAUCCAUGUAGUGUCUUUCCUACUUCCCAAGCUGUGCGAGCGAGCUUUCUUGUGGGAUCUGACACCUUUGAAGAUUUGGGGACGACAAGGGGGAUCAUUGGUCUGUUUAACAAGAAGUCCUACAACAACUAGUGUUGCUGUAAAUUUUUCUGACAUUUGGUUUUCCAAGUUUCAGAUUAAGUACUAAUCAAAUGUGGGCUUUAUGGCGCUGAGCUUUUUGGUCAUAGUUACAUGUUUGUGUUUUGAGAGUUCCAGAUGCAUUCCGCUUACUGCCUGAGCAUAUUUCUGGCGCAGUGGUGGACAUUCAUUUGCGGUGGUUGGAUCGAAUACAAGG